GAAAAUUGGGACGACAACAAAGAUUCAAAUACCCCUCGAUUCGCUCAAAGAGUCCCUCGUCCCUCGACCCUCGCCCUCGAGAUUUCUCUACCGUAUCGACAAUAGAUUCAUGUCAAGGAUUUCGGCCAUAAAUACUUCCUCUUCCCAUUCCCUUUCACCAAAAAGAAUUCUAUUCGCAUCUUUUCUGAUUGUCAUACUGGCUUCCAUUACAAAUAAAUUCUGGCCCCGUGUUACUCUCAUAUCUCGUCACUUCUCGCCCGCAAAUAUCAAAUCCCUCUCUACAGCUUCGACUUCCAAAAUGUCUAACUACAGCAAGGAAUUAGAAGUGGCCCAAUUGGCCGUCCAAAGAGCAGCUAUCUUGACCAAAAAGGUCUUCCAUGAAAAAUCAAAAGGAACUCUAUCCAAGGACGACAAAUCACCAGUUACGAUUGGAGAUUUUGGAGCCCAAGCUUUGAUUAUCCAAGCGAUCAAGAAGAACUUCCCCGACGAUGAGGUUGUGGGAGAAGAGGAAGCUAGUGACUUGAGAGAAAAUUCGCAAUUGAGAGAUCAGAUUUGGGAAUUGGUCGAAGCUUCGAAACUUUCGGACCCGGAGGCUGAGAAGGUUUUGGGGGGUCCAGUGGAAAGUGUGGAUGCUAUGUUGGAUGCUAUCGAUGCUGGAAACAGUGCUGGUGGAGCCAAAGGAAGGAUUUGGGCGUUGGAUCCUAUCGAUGGAACCAAGGGAUUUUUGAGAGGUGGCCAAUACGCCGUUUGCUUAGCAUUGAUGGUUGAUGGAGAUGUCAAGGUCGGUGUUCUUGGAUGCCCUAACCUUCCAGUCGAUGAUUCCGCUCCAUUAUCCGCUGAUGCUGGUAAGGAUGCAUCAGAUGAUGAAGGAAAGGGUGUCUUAUUCUCCGCCGUAUUGGGACAAGGUGCUACUAGCCGACCAUUGGGUACUGGAGCACUAGGAAAAGGACAAUCUAUUCAGAUGAAGCCAGUUACGGACUUGACCCAAGCUACCUUCUGUGAAAGUGUUGAAGCCGGUCACUCUUCUCACGGCGACCAACAUGCUAUUGCUACCAAAUUGGGUGUCACCAAAGCCAGUGUCCGCAUGGAUUCCCAAGCCAAAUACGGCUCAAUUGCCAGAGGUGCUGGAGAUAUCUACCUCAGACUUCCCGUUAGCGCGACUUACCAAGAGAAGAUUUGGGAUCAUGCGGCUGGAGAUCUCAUCGUGAGAGAAGCCGGUGGACAAGUUACCGAUUCCGUUGGACGUAGAUUGGAUUUCAGUAAAGGAAGAACUCUGGCUGAAAACAAGGGUGUUGUUGCAGCUCCAACGGCCAUUCACAGUCAUGUUUUAGAAGUAGUUAAGGAAGUUUUGGGGGCCAAGAAAUAAAUUGUACAUAUAUUUUUAUAUUCAUCAUGAAUGAUAGCGAUGAUACUUUCUACA